AUGAUCAACUAUCGACAUAUAGUUUUUUGUCUAUGUGUCAUGGUUGUGGUUGAUUCACGGUUGACUCCAUAUUUAGCGGCAAUAGAGCAGGUUGAUCCCAUAGUCAAAAUAGUACUGCCAAUUGUUGGACGCUUUGACCCAGAGGAAUUUGUAACGAGUUGGCAAGGGAACAACCCUUGUGAAUGGUUUGGUACAAACUGUUUGGAGGGUAUCAUCAUUGGUAUCUCUUUUAUUUCCUUGAACUUAAUCGGAACUAUUUCUCCACAUUUUGCAGAUCUAACCUCUCUUCGGGUCAUAGAUCUUUCGCAUAACCGACUUAAAUGUACCAUUCCUUUUGAAAUCACAAAGUUGAAGAACCUGACUAUUGUGGAUGUUUCUUAUAACCAACUUCAUGGGGAAGUCCCACGCGUUAGAGGAAUUGUUAUACUCACUGAAAGGAAUCCAAACAUCGAGUCAACCUGCCUUCUUGUUCCUUCGCCAACAAGGAACAAGAACAAACCAACUGUUUUGGUACUUCUACUUGGGAUUUUGGUUGGUUUGGUGGUUGCAGGAGGAGCAUCCUUUGGAUUCUACCUGUAUAGGAUAAGGAAGCAACCUAAGAGGCUCCAAGAACCAAAUGAAGCAGUGACACUUACUCAGCAGCAAUCUAGUGACGAGAGCCUGGUAUCUGAUGAAAGUUAUGUCAUUUCGCUCCAGCUUCAAUAUAGAGUACUCCGCCGCUUUUCUUGGGUUUCCAAAGGCCCCUUACUCCUUACUCGACAACUCAAAACUAAUCAGAAUCCUCAUUUACCCUACAUGUAG